GAACCCUAGCAAAAACCUCUCUUUCCCUUAAAAAAAUAAAAAGAUAAAAAAAAGAAAAACAAGUAUAGUCUUUCUUAUAUAUACCAACAGAAACCGCGGUGAUUGUCUCUAUGAAGUGUAAGCGACGAUCAAUGGCUAACAAUUCUACAGCAGAUUCUCAUUCUCUUCGUGAUGAUAUCGUCAAAGACAUCCUCUCCAGAUUGCCUAUCAAAUCCAUUAAACGAUUUGAAUCAGUGUCCAAAGGCUGGUAUUUUCUAUUUAACUCUCAUGAGUUUAUUUCGACUCAUUUGCGUACUUCUUCUCUCCGGCCGUUUCUUUUGGUUCGCCAGUUUCACAAUCCCACUGGGUCUAAGUUUUCCUUGUGUUUGAUUGAUGGUAACACCUCAUAUGAAAUAAGAAUUCCAUUUCUGGGUUGUUUAUAUCGGUUUCCUAAGAUUGUUGGCUCUUGCAAUGGUCUUAUUUGUCUUGAUAUCUCCCCUUGCUAUGCUUUUGGUUUUGUUUUAUGGAAUAUUACGACUAAGCAAUAUAAGUUUCUCCCUAGACCAAGAAUCAAUGAUGCCCAUAAACCUAUAUGGAUGGUGGCAACUGGGUUUGGGUAUAAUCGCCGAGAUAAUGAUUAUAAACUGGUGAGGAUUGUUAAUUUUCAUUGUAAAGACGAUGAUUCGCCUGCUGUGAUAGCUGAAGUAUACUCCUGGCGUACUGGAUCGUGGAAAUUGAUGGGUGGAAACGUGGUUGAGGAAAAUUUUGGUUAUUGUGUGAUUCAUGAAGGUCAGCAAGCUGUGAGUAUAAAUGGGUCUUUGAAUUGGUUAGCUAAUGGGAUUGGGAAAUUGGCUAAUGAAAAGUUUAUAGUGUCCUUUGAUAUGGUAAGUGAAGAAUUUAGAAGAAUUGAAAUCCCUGAUUAUGGUUUAAGUGGAAUUUGUGCUAAAAUUUUAGAAUUCAAGGAAUCACUGGCUCUGGCAAUGUAUUCUGCUUUGCCUGUUUAUCCUGGAUAUGCAAGACCGAUUAAUCGCUUUGAUUUGUGGGUAUUCAAUGAUGGAGAAGAUUACGGUGCUGAUGGUCAUGGUGUUUCAGUUAAUAAGAAGUGUUGGAGUAGAAUUCAUGGAAUGGAAUUUAGUUCCUCUGGUGUUAGUACCCCAAUUGGAGUUUACAAUAAUUCUGAAUUGCUGGUGAAACGCGUGGAAGCACAUGGUGUGACUCUGUCUUUCUUUGAUCUCUAUAAUCUAAGCAUCAAGCACAUGCCAUUUUGUGGUCCUGAUUAUACCUGUGAAUUCUCCAGUUAUGUGAACAGUUUGGUUCCAGUAUCAAAUCCAGGGUAUGAUGUAGUAGAAGUACAAGACUGAGAGAUGAGAGUUUGGACUCGUAAUUAGGUUCAAUACUUUUGCUUAGGAAUUUACGAUAUUGUGUUAGUAAGUACUGGUAGUAAGUACUAGUCUUUUUUACUUUUGACCAGUUCAUAGCUUAUGAAUUGAACCAAUUGGAGUCCAGUAUAGCUGCUUAUGUUUAUAUAUUGCUAGCCAUGGUGCAGUUUGAAUACUCUUUUUGUCAUUUUGGGUUUAUAUAUUUUAUGCAAUUAUUGCUUUGGGCA